AUGUCGCUGACAACGCCGGAGAAGCAGCGGGGCAACACCAUCACCAACAACGACGAGGAGAUCAAGGGCGCCGCCGCCUUGCCCGAGGACCAGGUGUUCGAGCUGCUCACCCGCGUGCCGCUCGACGACCUCGCCGCGUGCCGCGUGGUGUCCACCCGCUGGCGGCGCAUCACCUACGAGCCGGCGUUCGCGCCGCUGCACUGCCGCCGCGCCGCCGCCGUCUCGGGCUACUUCGUCCAGAGCAUGGCGCGCCACCGCUACCGCGCCGACUUCGUCUCCAUGCACGCCUCCCCGGCGCCGGCGGUCUCGCUGGACUUCCUGCCGUCCGCGCACGUUCGUCUGGAGGCCGUGGCGGCGCACCGCGGCCUCGCCUGCUGCGUCGAGGCCGACACGCGGCGGCGGCCCUGCUACUACGUGUGCAAGCCGGCCACGCGGCAGUGGCGGGCGCUGCCCAACCCGCGGGUGCGGUUCCGCACGGCCGCCACGGCCAUGGUGGCGCGGCCCUCGUCGGGCGGCUCCGCGGCCGCCGAGUUCAAGGUCGCCCGCUUCUCCGUCCCGGCGCUGCGCGACCGCCUCCGCUGCGAGGUGUUCGACUCGCGGCGGUUCGCGUGGCGCCGCGCCGGGGACGUGCCGCUGUGCCCGGAUUCGCUCGACCCGUCGGCGCCCGCCGUGCGCGCCCACGGCGCCGUGCACUGGCUCCGGUGGCCCGACCAGCUGACGGGCGCGCAGGACGUGUUCGCGUUCGACCUCAGGACCGAGGCGUGGCGGCUCGUCCCGCUGCCGCGGGAGGUAGACGAGAGGGACGACCCCUGGGCGCGCAAGCAGAUAUCGGCCGUGGAGGGGAGGCUGUGCCUGAUGGUGACCACGGAGGCCGCCGCCGUGGACGAGGAGGUGUUGGAGGUGUGGGAGAUGGCCGGGUACGCGGAGGGGAGGUGGGAGAAGAAGAUGGCGGUGAGCUUGAAGAGCCUCCAAGCGCAGGAAGGGAACGCCAUGAUCCUCCAAGACUUCUUCUCCUCGGACGUCGCCUUCCUGGACACUUUCUGCAGAGUCAUGUGGUAUGAUUUCUUGAGAGGGAAGAUGGCAGAGGUGGAAGUGAACCACGUCUGCAUACAGCAGGUCUUCAAGUACGAAUCCGACCUGAUCCCCUGCGAGUUGGGCAAAGCACGCCAUCCUCCUCUUCCAGCUCGCGCGCCGUCGUCCAAGGAGGCGCAGAGAGGAGACUGCAACUGCAUGCAUGCUCUGAUGAACUUCAAUCCUCUCACGAUGAUGCCGACAAAUUAA